AUGCUGCAAUUAUAAUUUAGCUACUUUAAUAAGAUCUGAAAUGCUGUACAAUAUUUUGUAACAUGCUGAUAUAAAGUCAUUACUUUUUUUUGUAACAAGGAAAGGGUUGUUAAAGUUUGAUUAUUUGCUUUAAGUGUUUUAAACAUUUGAAUUGUGUAGAAAACCUAUAUUGCUAAAUAUAGAUACUAUUUAUGAUUCUUUUAAAGGGGAGGUGAAAAUUCAUAUAUAUAAAGUUCUUUUUCUUUAAGUAAUUGUGUUAAUGGAACAUAUUUUCGCCCGUGUAUAAUUUCUCCGUAAUAUUUAUGAAAGUUACAAUUUUUCAGAAUUUUUAUAAUAAUCUGUUAUAAACAAGUUUUUUUUCCAUAACUUUUAAGAGAUAUGAAAUAUGAACCCUUACAUGUUUUUUUUUAUUUAAUGGUGAAUUCAUGCAUAAUAUAAUUAAUACUAAUUAUUUACCUAUAUGAAAUUAAGGUGCAAAAAUAUCUUGAAAUUGCACUAUUCAAAUUUUAUUAACGCUAUAUGUAUUAUUGUAUUUUUGAUUACGGAUAGCUAGUUUGGUAAGUUGAAACCUCUGAGUUUUAAAUUUCUUGAAAAGUGGUUAUCUUUUUAAUUGUCUUCAUAAACUUUUUUUAGCAAUUUUUCUCAAUUCUAAAUUAUCUGUAUUAAAUAUUUUACUUUUAGGCUUGAAAAGGAUUGUUAUCUAUGAUAGCAGUGAAGAUAAGAGGCUAAAGAACCUAAGUGCAAAAAUGCAUCACUGUGAAUUCUGCAGUUACUCUACUUAUGUAACCACUAACUUAAAAAACCAUCUGCGUGUUCACACUGGGGAGAAACCAUACGGUUGUCAAUAUUGUUCAAAGCGUUUUUCUCGUAAAGAUCAUCUUUACAAGCAUUUAUUCAACUGUCACCGCAAUGCAGUAAUAACUGAAUGGCCACCUAAUUCUCCAGCCUUGUAUCCAAUGGACUUUACUAUUUGGUGUAUCUCUGAGAUAAAUGCUUACCUCAUAAGAGUUUGCUGGCCAUGCAAAAGCUUUUUGCAAGGAAUAGAACAAAUCAUAAAAUAUUUUUCUGCCCCUGCUGAAAGUUAUCUUGGUAGAAAAAUACAUCAUUGCCCUUACUGCAACUAUUCUACACUUCAUAAAGGUCACAUGGAAAAUCACAUUCGAAGUCACACGGGAGAAAAACUGUACCCAUGCACCAUAUGUGGCAAAUCCUUUGCACAAAAAAGCCAUCAAAGGAGGCAUGAAUCAUAUUUUUAUUUUUUUUUUACCUUGAAAGAGAUUAUUUCAUUAUUCAUACUAAUGACUUUUUUCUAUUUUUCAGCUUCUGUAACUAAUAGUGGAGUUAGCAUGCUAGUCUUCCGAAAAGAACUGAGUUGUACUUACUGUGACUAUAAAACAAUCUAUCCUACUACUUUAAAGAACCACAUUCGCCUUCAUACUGGUGAAAAGCCAUACACGUGCAAAUAUUGUAACAAGAAAUUUAUGAGAAAUGAUUAUUUAAAAUAUCACAUAGUGACAAGACACACAAGUGUAAAUAGUAAAUGUUGAGUUUAGUAGAGGGCUUCUUCAGGAUUGAAAUUAAAAUACUCUAGAAUGUGUAAAUUACCUUGAAUUAUACACAUUUCUAUCUUAAACUUGUGAUAGAUGCCUUUGUAAGAAGUCAAAACCACAAAUAUAUUUACAAAAUUGAUUUCAUUAUGAUUUUGUUGAUUAAAAAUGUUAUUUAUAUUUUUAAGACACAAGUUUUAAAAAUGGAUUUAGAGUAAAUAAAAUUAAACUGAUAAUAAUCAGAGUUGUAGCUUCAGUCCUUCAUAACAGAUCUAAAUGAAAUUUCUCAUUUAUGUUAUGUAGAUCAGGUAGCUAAAAACACAAUUAAAGUUUUUACCUUAAGGUGGCAUUCUAAUGAAAUUUUAAAAAAUAAAAAGAGGGAGAGAACAAAAGAAUACCAAGUUUGUCUCUUUUAAUUAUUGACACAUCUGUGUGCAUAUCUUGUUGAUCUACAAUAUGCUGAAAAUGUAUCACAUUAUUAUCAGCAUAUAUCAGAAACACCAUCCUUUCGCAAACUUUAAUGUUAUAUUUUCCCACGGAAAUCAGGACCACAAUGUUACUUGUAUUUUAAGUUUCAAUUGAAUCUGUUCUGUGGAACUAAAAAAGCUCUGAGUACUUUCAGUUUAAUUUUAACUAUCCCAUAAAUAAUGUAUUUUUAAUUAAUUAAAUAUUUUUUGACUAUUUUUAACUCUUUUUUUUUUAAAUGAAGAACAAAAUAUAUCUAGAGCUUAUUUAUUUGUAUAGUUUAAAAAGCUCUUUUUUUUAAUGAAAAACAAAAUAUAUCUAGAGCUUAUUUAUUUGUAUAGUUUAAAAAGCUCUCUUCAAAACCAGUAAUAAACUAAAUUUUGUACUAAAAAAAUUUUUUUCUCAAAAUAAUGUACCAAGUGUUUUAAAAUUAUAAAAUAUUAUGUAUUUAUUGAUAAGUAUCACUGUUUCGAUGAAUGUAUAUUUUGGUGUUCUUUUGCAACUUUAAAUAUAGAGAAAAAUAAAAGAAAUUGCUGUUGCA